GCAAUAACCACGUCAUUCCUUUAUCCUGAGGACGUCUUUUUCUCUCCCAAGAGCGGAAGCACGCAGAGCGGCGGAGGAGCGUACCUGCAAACCGAGCUGCAGUAUCGGAUCUGGAGCGUCUACCGCGGGGGCGAUGGAGGAGAGCUCGUCGGCCGGCGGCGCCGAUCGAGGCGGAGGCGAUGCCGGAGAUUCGCUGCGUAAUGCGAGCCAGGGCAAAUCCUGCAAGGGCUGCCUGUAUUACUCCUCGCUCCUCAAAUCGGACUCCAGAAACCCUUUAUGUCUUGGCCUCACGAGGCCGCUCAAACAUGUAGUUCCUAGCUCCAUUGUGGGGGAAUCUGAGAUGGAAGCUGAUAAAGAAGGUCGAAGCCUCUCAGACUUCAGAUACGUUUGCGUUGGUUAUUCAGUGUUCUUGAAUGACAAAGAAAAUACCACUGAAAAUCAAGAGAAUCAAGCAAAGUUGCCUUUUUGUGUGGGCCUUGAGCUGUUAGUGGAUAGGAAAACAUCAGCAGCUGAGCAUGUGCCCACUCAUGUGCACAAUAAGGAAGUUCCUAUUCAUUCGCAUAGGGAGGAAGCAAAAACGGUACAUUCGCCCCAGAAUAACUUCUUUAGCAAGUUUUCCAGGAGCGCGGGGCUUGUGGCCUCAGGUGUAGUUAAAAACCUCGUCAGAGUGGGUUACUCUAUAAAGAAUAAUUUCGAAGAUAUACUGUAUGAUCGCAGGCGUCCCAAGUAAACUCGUAUCUGAUGCACCUUGUUGAUCUCAAUUCACAGUAACACAAUAAUGUUUGGCGUUAUGUUCAGAUUAUUAUUGUGUAAGAUGAUGACGAUUACACCCGUGACAGAGAGCUGGGGAUCGACUGGCCAAUGGUAGAUUGCAUCACCUUGUUAGUCAUUUGCCAACAAUGUCCGGCUACAACUUGUUGAAUAUUGACAGACUGUUAAAAUAGAAACCAUAUUCUUAAUAAUUUUCACUUUGAGAAUA